UUGGACCGUACCAUUCGCGUAAAAUACCGGUAGUUCUGUAACAUUCGUUAUCUGCUGUGAUAUCGGAAUCCCCGUGAGUUUGAGGGCUGAAUGUGCCACAGUUCUGUGUCUGGGAGUUGAUCUUUCGCUGGAUUGUCUUAUUAAGUAAAAGAAGGUUGAGCUGCGCCGCCUCCGCCCUGAAGUUGGUUCUAUCCCAAGAUGGCGGCCACCAUGAAGAAAGCGGUUGCGGAAGAUGUGAACGUGACUUUCGAGGACCAACAGAAAAUCAACAUCUUUGCGAGAAAUACCAACCGAGUGACAGAGCUGAAGGAUGAAAUUGAAGUAAAAAAGAAACAGCUUCAGAACCUGGAAGACGCCUGCGAGGAGAUAAUGAUGCUAGAAGAUUCCCUGCUGGUUCCCUACCAGAUUGGAGACGUGUUCAUAAGUCACUCCCAGGAGGAGACUCAGGAGAUGUUGGAAGCCGCAAAGAAACAAUUGGAAGAAGAAAUCGAAUGUUUACAAUCGCGCGUAGAAUCCAUUCAGCAAGUGCUCUCCGAUCUUAAAGUCCAGCUGUAUGCCAAGUUCGGGAACAACAUCAACCUAGAGGCGGAUGAAAGUUAAAUCAUUUAUCGCAAUUUUUUUUUUAAAUAAUUUUAUUGCUUGCAAAAAUAAAAUGAACUUUUAGUUUCGGCAA